CAUAUCUGAAAAAACGCGCUAUAAAUAUUUAUAAAAACUGAGCUUCGAGCACUCUGUUCAAUAAACAAUUUUAGUGAAUAAUAUAAAAAAUGCAAGGCAUUUUGCAAUUGAAACGCAGAUCUUAUUGACAAGAUGCGAGAUGCCGAGCCGAGCAGCAGUGGCGGGGGAAAAGGACUCGCCGGACAGUGCAACGGCCAGCUCCAGAAUGUUGAGACGGAGGCCGACAGCGCGAACUGCACCAUCUGCGGGGCCGCCAAGUCGUCCGCCCUGCUGGACCUCAGGUCUAAUCAGGUAAUGCAGCGUCGCCUCAGUCGUGAUUGGAAGAUGCAGGCAGAUGUGAUCCGGUCUACUCUGAAGGCCAUAUGCGUAGAGUGCGUUUGCAAGUUGAACAUGCAUUCGGAGGUCACUCGCUCCCUGAUGCAGCGGAUGCAACGGCUGCAACAAACAGGGAGCGGCACGUCCACCGUGACGACGACCACGGUUACGCCCACGCAACUAAGUCCUCCCAUAGCGGAUGCCGAGGUGUCCACCACUCUGGUAGAGGUGCAGGAAAGCGAAAUGGCAGCCAAUAACCACAGCAGUCGCAGCUCACGCUCCUCUUGCUCCGGACUAGAAGCCUACUCUGCCCAGCCACCUGAAUCUCCUUCCGCCACGGAGUCAGGCGGCACUCGCAACAACAGUGUUAAUAUCCAGGACGGCUGGAAGUGGCGCACGCGGCUCGUCUGUCAACACUGUGGGCGAGCCUACUUCCGCAAAGACUAUUUCAUUAUGCACUCGCGCCGGUGCAAAUCGCAACAACGUCUGCCCAAGGCUAGGUGUCGUGUGCUUAACGAAGCCGGCAGCGAUGACGACACUGUGUCGCCACGUGCGCUGCAGUCGUCCUUGCGCCCUACUCGUACCUUUCACUGCCGCAACUGCGAAAAGGAGUUCUUCACAGUAAUCAGCCUACGCCAGCACCAGCGCAAUACCCACCAGACCCGGCAUCCGUGCAGUCUGUGCGGGGUGGCCUUCGACACCAAGUAUGAGUGGGAUCUGCACCACACAAUAUGCAGUGCCAAGCAUGAGGCGCUAAAACUCCACCAAAAUACGAAUGAGACUAAUCACAGGGUAAGGGCCCAGUCGACGCGCUCGCGUUCGCGGGCAUGCUCUGAAAUUUGGAAUAAGUACACGACCAAUGUCGAGGAGGAGGACAAUGACAGCGAAUGCGACGAGCAGGAGCUUGAAGAAAAUGAACAGGAUGAGCAGGUGGAUACCAUGUACACACGGAGAAUGAACUUCACGGGCGACUGGAUUGUGAACCACAGCCGAAGCAACAGCAACAGUGCCCUUAAUUUGUCCCGGCUCUACGACAACUACGUGCUGGAAGAGUCACAUAUAAGAACAGACAAGGAGUAUGAUCUAUACAUGCUUGAUUUGCUGAAGGCGCAAGUGCAGCUGAAUGAGUUUUCCUGCUUCACCCCAGCAUGUGGCUACCAGACGGAUAGCCUUAGCGAGUUGAUGAAGCACGACUACUUGCGUCAUUGGAAGAUGAGCUGGUUCUACUGCCAGAAAUGCGGGGACGUUUUCACCAGCAAAGUUUUCCUUGACUACCAUCUGCAUCGGCAGAACCGCGGCGUGUAUAUUUGCCACAAGUGCCAGGACGAGUUCGAGUUCCAGCAUCAACUGGACCGCCAUCUGGUACUCCACAACAAGGGCAUCAACUACCAGUGCAACUUCUGCCGCCUGGCUUUCCUCAGUGAAGCCAAGCUGCUGGCCCACUGCGCCCGUUGCGGGCACAGUCCCAACGACGACCCACCGCUCAUCCGGAUCGAUCGCGCUCUUUCAAUCAGCAACUAUCCGCCCCAGCCUGAAACAACCCACCACAAGUGGGAGUACGAGGAGCGAGAGCUGCUCCUGCCCGGAGUAGCCAUACCAUCCAGCAGACCCAUGCACUUGCCCAACCAUAAGCCCUUCCGCUUCGCCAUUGGAAUAUGCGAUUUCGAGAACCGCCACCAGCCCAAUUGUGUGGGCUGCCAGUAACUUAAGCUGAUCAAAAUGGUGGAGGGUCAAAUCGUAUGCCAAGACUUUUACCUCAGUGUUUUUACUAUUCGCGUGUAGAUAGAUAGUCUCGUGUGUAUUGUGUCCGUCUUAGUCCGGCUCAAAUCCCCAUCCGCAUCCUAAUGGUGGUUCCGAGACGACCCAGGUCCCGUCUGUGUCGAUGUAAAAAUAUGUGUGUAUUUUUCUAACAGAUUAGUGUAAUAAAGAUAAACUGCAGACUGAAUGGCUGCGAUAUUGCCUAA